AUGUCCGAGACGUCAGUCAAGCUCAAGACUCCCCAGACGGGCGAGUACGAACAGCCCACCGGCCUCUUCAUCAACAAUGAGUGGGUAAAGUCGGUUGAUGGCAAGACCAUUGAGGUCAUCAAUCCAUCCACUGAGGAGGUCAUCUGCCAUGUUGCCGAGGCCACCGAGAAGGAUGUUGACAUUGCUGUCGCUGCUGCACGCAAGGCCUUCAAUGGUCCGUGGAGGAAGGAGACACCAGAGAACCGAGGCAAGCUGCUUGUCAAGCUGGCCGACCUAUUUGAGAAGAACGCCGACCUUCUCGCUGCUGUUGAGGCUCUUGACAACGGCAAGGCUUUCUCCAUGGCCAGGAACGUCGAUGUACCUGCCGCUGCUGGUUGCUUGAGGUACUACGGAGGUUGGGCCGACAAGAUCGAGGGUAAGGUUGUUGACACAUCACCUGACACUUUCAACUACAUCCGCAAGGAGCCGAUUGGUGUCUGCGGUCAAAUCAUUCCAUGGAACUUCCCCAUUCUCAUGUGGGCGUGGAAGAUUGGUCCCGCCAUUGCUACCGGUAACACGAUCGUGAUGAAGACGGCCGAGCAGACUCCUCUUUCUGCCUACAUUGCUGCCAAGCUUGUUGCAGAGGCUGGUUUCCCACCAGGUGUUGUCAACAUCAUCACUGGUCUCGGCAGGGUCGCGGGUGCCGCCAUGUCCGCCCACAUGGACAUUGACAAGAUUGCCUUUACUGGUUCCACUGUUGUCGGUCGUCAGAUCAUGAAGGCCGCGGCUGGCUCCAACUUGAAGAAGAUCACUCUCGAGCUUGGAGGCAAGAGCCCCAACAUUGUCUUCGCCGAUGCUGACCUGGACGAGGCUAUCAACUGGGUCAACUUUGGUAUUUACUUCAACCACGGACAGACAUGCUGCGCUGGCUCGCGCAUCUAUGUCGAGGAGAGCAUUUAUGACAAGUUCAUUGAGCGAUUCAGGGAGCGAGCUGCGCAGAACAAAGUUGGUGACCCAUUUGCGGCGGAAACAUUCCAGGGUCCUCAGGUUUCACGACUGCAAUUCGACCGCAUCAUGGGUUACAUCGACGAGGGCAAGAAGGAGGGCGCCACCAUCGAGACGGGAGGUAAGCGCAAGGGUGACAAGGGUUACUUCAUCGAGCCUACCAUCUUCUCCAACGUCACCGAAGACAUGAAGAUCCAGAAGGAAGAGAUCUUCGGCCCCGUAUGCACAAUCGCCAAGUUCAAGACCAAGGAGGAGGUCAUCAAGAUUGGCAACUCGACCACGUAUGGUUUGGCUGCUGCCGUCCAUACGACCAACCUCAACACUGCCAUUGAGGUUGCCAAUGCUCUCCGCGCAGGAACUGUCUGGGUCAACACAUACAACAGCCUUCACUGGCAAUUGCCAUUCGGUGGUUACAAGGAGUCUGGUAUGGGCCGUGAGUUGGGUGAGGCGGCGUUGGACAACUACCUCCAGACCAAGACGGUCUCUAUCCGCCUUGGUGACGUUCUCUUCGGUUAAGCGUCAGACCGUAGUGUGUUGAUGGAAGUUGUUGGUACUGUAUAUAGGUUCUGUUACCAUGACAAUUUGAAUCAAAGUAAAAUUCAACUAAAACAC